AUGGCAGGGAAAAUCAUCAAUGCCGCGAAGCUGCUGAGCAGAAGAUCCCAUAUCCUGCCAGACCAACUCCAAGUCUCCGAGCUCUUCUUCGAAGUGCCCGCUGACUACUCGAACCCUCCUGCCGGCACUCUCAAGCUCUUUGGCCGUAGCGUGACCAAACAUGAGCGUCCAAUUGUGCCGCUGUCGUCGGCCGAUGCCACCAAGGCUGACCAGAAGCCAUGGCUCGUCUAUCUCGAAGGCGGUCCUGGCUUUGGCAACCGCGAGCCCCAGGACAUGCCCCUGACCCGCCUUGCCUUGACCCGCGGGUAUCAAGUCCUGUUCCUCGACUACCGCGGCGUCGGCUCCAGCACCCCCAUAUCCGCCGCCUCCGUCAAGCAGAGGGCCGGUACUGAUGCUGCUUCCCAGGCUGCGUACCUGCGUCUCUUUCGCCAGGACAGCAUCGUGAACGACUGCGAGGCCGUCCGCGCCUGUCUCACCGAGGGCUACCCCGCCGAGAAACGGCCCUGGUCCAUCUUCGGCCAGUCCUUCGGCGGCUUCGUCGCCCUGACCUAUCUCUCCCGCUUCCCCCAGGGUCUCCGCGAGGUCUUCCUGACCGGUGGCCUCGCCCCCCUCGACAAGACCCCUGACCAAGUGUAUGAGGCCACGUUUGAGCGCGUCACGAGCCGCAACGAGGCCUACUACAAGAAGUAUCCCGAGGACGUCCGCGCCGUCCGCGAGAUCGCCCGCCACAUCGCUUCGCACGAGGGCGCCUCCGUACCGCUCCCCGCCGGGGGGGACCCUCACCAUCGCCCGCCUCCUGGCUCUGGGGCUCGGCUGCGGGGCCGACGGCGCGCUCAACUCGGUACAGACGGUGGUCGUCAAGCUGACAAGUGCGAGAGAGUUGGCGAGGUAGGGCGGGCCGGGGAGGGGGCGUCGAGCCAUCUACUGCUACCGAGCGCGGGCGUGGCCCUCCAACUGGGCGCCCACCGCGUCGGCAGCCGCCUGGCCCCCUACGCCUGGCUCGACAGCGCGACGCCCCUCGUGCUCGACGAGGCCGACGACGACAGAGAGCCCCUCUACUUCUCCGGCGAAAUGAUCUUCCCCUUCCAUCUCGACACCCACCCCGAGCUGCGUCUGCUCAAGCCCGCCGCCGACCUCCUGGCCGCUCACGCCGAGUGGCCCGCGCUGUAUGACCUCGACCAGUUGCGCCGCAAUGACGUCCCCGUCUACGCUGCCAGCUAUGUCGACGACAUGUACGUCGACUCACGCAUCGCGCGCGAGACGGCUGCCGCCGUUCGCGGGUGCAAGGUCUUCGAGACGAACACCAUGUACCACAACGCAUUGCGGGCCAAGACGGGCGAGGUCCUCGGGGAGCUGUUCAAGUUGCGGGACAACACGAUCGAUUAA